AUGGACUACUCGAAGUUGCGCGCGACCGCGCUACGGGAUGGAGAGGAUGAGGAGGCCGUCACUGUCGAUACCCGCGCGUUAAUAGACAAGGUUCUUGCUCGAUACUCGGGAGAGUGGACGACUCUGAGAGAACUUAUUCAAAAUGCCACCGAUGCCCAAGCGAAGACCGUCAUGGUCAAGUUCGAAACCCUUCCCUCUACUUCAGUGCCACUCCCAAGUACAUCAGACCGAUCCGAGCUUCUCAAGCAUGUAAUAUCCAACCAUACCGUGCGCCGACUAGUUGUUCAGAACGAUGGACAGCCAUUUACAAAGACGGAUUGGGGUCGGUUGAAGAGGAUUGCUGAGGGAAACCCCGAUGAAACGAAGAUCGGAGCAUUCGGCGUUGGCUUCUACAGUGUCUUCGCUGAUUGCGAGGAGCCGUUUGUCAGCUCCGGAAGCGAAGCCAUGGCAUUUUACUGGAAGGGAAAUGCGCUCUUCACCAAAAAGUCACAGCUCCCCGAAGACCAGGCCGGUCCGCAUACGACAUUUGUCUUGGAUAAUAGAAACGCAACCACGCCUCUGCCAAACUUGCUUUCUGUUAGCCAGUUUCUCGCCACCAGUUUGACAUUUGUUGCCCUCGAAAGUAUAGAGUUCUGGAUAGAUGAUUAUCAGAUUCUUUCCCUAAAGAAGAAAACCUCACCAACUGCUGAGUUACAGCUGCCGAAAGGCUUGGAAGCGAGGACCAAGGACGGUCUAAUGAAGAUCGCGGAGGUUGGGAGAACCAGCACGCAGAUCGAUGCUGUGUUCAUGAAUGUUGUUGGGUGGAAGCCCCAGGCCAAUACCUCAUCUCACAAAUCUCCUGACACCGCUGCUGUUACUGGUGAAGCCCCUUCUAUUCGCUCCUUCUUCGCGCGGUUGACUGCCGGGUCCUCACAGUCCCUUCUGAAGACCAAGGCACAAAACGAGGAGAGAUCAGCCCAAAAGGCGAUAGGAGAAGAUGUAACAAAACUCGGCUCUUCAACAAUCUUCCUCAGAGCGACGACUGCAAAUAUUAAGACCCAUGUGACGGCGUCAUUUGCAUCUGAACUUGAACGUGCGACGAAGAAGCCUCCGCCCAAAUCAACCAAGAUAUCCAUUCUCACCGCAUCAUAUGAUGAGGCCCACGCUUCAGAAGAAGCAAAAGCUGAAGGCGCCGUUGGUAAAGCCACCGAUGUGUUUGCUUCGGUUCUCCCAAAUAAGAAGCCUGGAGGUCGAAUCUUUAUCGGAUUUCCCACCAUGCAGACCACAGGUGCUGGAUUGCACAUCUCUGCACCUUCGAUUAUUCCAACCGUCGAACGAGAGGCUAUUGAUCUGAACGCAAGAUGGGUCAGAACGUGGAAUGUUGAGCUUCUCCGAGCUGCCGGAAUCAUCACUCGAUUAGCUUUUGCAAACGAGAUGAACGACCUCCAGAGUCGGCUUCAAAGCACAGCUGAUAGCCGCGGCACCAUCAGCAAUGACAACAUCGUCAAAUUCAUGCCUGAAGCACUGCAUAACCUAAAAACAUUCACAUUCACAGAUUCUACCCCCAGCGGGCAGGUAGGGCAAGUCAUCGAGGAAUCAUUUUGGACUUGUUUCCCUAGGUCGGCUUCUAUCGAGAUUUAUUCCAGUCUCGGUGUUCUCCAGACUUCCCGAGUCCGACUUGGCUCUAAAGAACUGAGUAAAUUUGUCGAUAGAAUCCCCGUCAUUCCUCAGGAGAUGUUGGACGUGCCCUUUGUGAGAAAGUUGAUCGAUUUUGGCCUUGUAUCAGAAAUUACGGUUACUGAUGUCAAGAAAGAGCUUGAAAUCAAGUCUCUGAAUAAAACACAACUGAUCAAUUUCAUUAGCUGGGCAGGUAAGAAGAGCCUUACUGGUGAGCUGGAUGCCGGCAGCAGAUCGGCACUAUUAGAAGUAGCCGUUGCAUCUGUCGGCGAAGAGGAAGAAAAAGGCGAGAUCAUCGCCCUUGGAAGCAUUCAAAAUUACUUGGUCCCUGCCAGUAUCCCAGCAAACCUUCCAGUUCCACCAACCACUAUCCCCUUCGUGUUUACCUCCCAUUGCCAAAAGGCAGAACUUGAAGCGCUGGGGUGGGAACCUCUGGGAGUCGUCCCUUGGUUACGAUUUCUCUUGGAGACAAAGUCUCUCAAGUCAGAGAGCGAGAACUUGACCAAGGCACCUAAAUUUGCGGUCCAGAUUUUGACGGUGAUAUCUAAGAAUUGGGAUAACCUCAGUGCUACUCAGAGACAGUCUGUUCUUAGCCUUCUCCAGCCACAAACAGUCAUGCCUACCAAGUUGGGUAUGAGAAAGCCAGCCGAAUCAUUCUUUCCAAGUGUGAAGCUUUUCGAUGAUCUCCCGGUUAUCGAGGGUUGUGACAAGGUCAAAGAAAAGUUCCUCACAGCCAUUGGGGUCAGGAAAACGGUUGACCUAGAGACGAUCUUUACAAGGCUUCUGAGUUCUUCUGGCGAAGACGGCCGACAGAAAUGGAGUCAUAUGGAGCUGAUCAAAUAUCUCGCCUCUGUUCAGGGUGACAUUCCUGCGGAGGACCUUCGAAAGCUCCAAAACUCCAAGAUUUGCCCUGCUGAAGCUGGUCCCAAGGGACUCGAGCCCACAAAAGGGAGCAAGACUCUUUACAAAGUCUCUGAACUCUUUGAGCCAAAAGAUUCCCUCAGAGCAUUGAGGUUGCCAAUCCUUCAAUGGCCAGUCCCUCCUGGUAGUUCCCGUCAGGGAACCCCAGAAGCGCGCUUCUUGGCCGUCUUGGGACUUCGACCUUCCCCCUCUGCUCCCGAAUUGAUUGAGAUGAUGGCGAGCAAAGAUGAAUCCCUUCGCGUAUCAGCCAUGACAUACUUCAUUGCCAACCAUCAUACUAAUAAGUACUUCGCCUUCGAUGUUUCAAACUGCCGCAAAGCCAUAAUGCCUUUGCAAGGAAGCUCCCAGCUGGUUGUUCCGUCUGCUUGCUUCACCAAUGAGCGCGCGUCCAUUUUAGGGUUCCAAAUUCUGCGGAAAGAUUUACACGACCAUGCCAAUAAAUUCGGAGUAGCUGGAGACCCUCACAUGGUAGAGUGUGUGAAUCGACUUCUUGCCAAUCCUCCCCAGUCUCAUCAGGCGGCGAUCCCUCUUUUUGGGUACUUUGCGUCUCGACUCCGUGAGCUGGGCGAGAACAAUAAGGCGAAGCUCCGCAAUGCUCAUAUCGUACCAGUUCUUCGAACUUCUUCUCCCAAAGGGGACAGUAAAUCAACCACCACUACAUCAUAUAUCAGUCCCUCACGGGUGUAUCUAGGGUCAUCCGCAACAUAUGGCGAUAUCUUCGACUUUGUGGACUUUGGUCAGGACGCCAACGCAUUUUUGUUCACUUGCGGAGCAAAGAGCGAGCCGACCAAACUCGAGGUUGCAAAUAUGGCAUGCAACGAGCCCGCCAGGCUUUUGAGUGUGCUCCAAAGUCCUGAGAAAUACCUCGACCUGCUCAAGUCUCUCGCAGAAGCCUCAUCGACUCUCCAUCGGGAUAAGGAACUGUGGCGGAAGAUGAAAUCGGCCAGCUUCCUCCUUGCAUACAAGGAGUUGACAGCUCCCAAAGAGAAUUUGAUUGAGUUGGAAGAAGACGAAGUACCAAUCAAGCAUUAUCAACUAGCAUCAGCAAAUCAGAUUGUUGUACUGGACGAUAUCAUCAGCUAUCGUCUUUUUAAGGAUCAGCUCGUCUGUGCCCCCGAAGAGGAUGCUCUUGAGAAGUUUUACCUCGCCCUUGGUGCUCAAAAGCUCAGUAGCAUUGUUCAAGAAGAUGUCCGGAUCGGUCCUCAGUCUGGUAGAGGCAAGGUUGCUGACUCUCUUCGAAAACACGUGCUGGAGAGAUCCAAGAUCUUUCUGUAUGAGUAUGCCAACUAUCGCCGGGAUGCGAUCAAACAUGACACAAAGUGGCUUGACAAGAACCUGCAGGUAGAAAUGGUUACAUCAGUUGCGCUCAGGCGAACCUUACAAGGCCAACGGAAAACCCAUACAGAGAAGAGGUCUGCCGCUGGAACCAAGCAUACCGGCUCCUGGGUUCUUUAUGUGGCCGACGAUGGGAAACCGGACAUGUAUCAGGUUGGGCAGGCUAUCUGCCAGAUGCUUCUCGACCGACCUAAUCAGCAAGCCUAUCUCUUUUUCGAGCCAUUCCUAACUCUUGACUUGUAUGGACUCCGAGCUCGAGGGUACAACGUUGACAGAAUUCUACGCGCAAAGGCCGCAGAGGCAAGGAUCGCUGAGGAGGAGCGCCGUAAAGCUUUGGAAGAGGAGCAACAGAGAAUUCAAGAGCGCGAGAAACUUUGGGCCCAGCAAAGUAAUACGGUUGAGAAACAAGGCGAAAGCAGUUCUGGCACGGCAAAGGCACCCGAGACUCCGAACCAAGUGAUGCCUGGCUCGUGGGACUCACCCGACGAGCCAAAGGUUGACAUGUCCGACUAUGCCAGAAAAGGUCGCAAUCUGUUCUCGAACCUCACGCGCCGUCUCGGAUUCGACACCCAAGAAGAGACAGAUGCCCAGCGUCAGCUAGAACAAUUCGUAGACAAGCCCAAGGAGCCCACAACAACCGCAGGACCGGUUCAAGAGAAUAACACGAGGCGACCCCAGAAUGACGACGGCCGGGUGACCAGUCCAGCUGUUGUGCAACAGAACCUGCUUAACGCCAUCAAUGCCUCGCGUCCACAUGGUUCUUCAAACCUCUUCUCUGACCCCGAAGUCAAUGAAGUCAAAGAACAGGCUACAUACUGCGAUCAAAAGCCAGCUCAGAAUAUAUCUUUUGCUGCCGAAGCGUCCAAUGGCAUGAAGGUAUACGUGUCCAACAAUAUGACAACUUCAGGAGCCAAAUUCAUUGCUGCAAACAGCCUGGCUAUCAAUGCGUUCGCUGGGAUUCUCAUGGAUGUCGCUAAUGUCUACUCCUUAUCUCGCAAUGUUGUCCACAUCUUCUACGACGAGUCUGGAAACACAAUCGCGUUUAACAAGGGAGGAAGUUUGUUCUGUAAUUUCAGGUUCUUCCUUCAGCUUCAUGCUGCCCAGAUUGGCGGUCAGAAUGCCGGGGCUGCCAAAGCUGAAGCUGCUACCUGGUGGUGGGUUGUCCUAGCUCAUGAGCUGGCACACAAUCUUGUUUCAACGCACAAUUCUGACCAUAGCUACUACACUGAGUCUUUCAUACAACAAUACUUUGGCAAAAUGAUGGUGAAGGUGGCCACAUGGGUGCAACAGCCCGCAUCCACUCCAAGCCAGCAGUCACAACCACCGCAACAACCACCCACUCCUGCGCGAGAACCGCCGCCGCCUUAUUCUACUAGAUCCGGUCGAUAA